GUACCUGCCAUCCAUCGUCAUUGAUCAACAACGAAGGAGUCGCGCGAUUCAAUGAACUCUAAAUAUUAUUACAGUUACUAGCCGAUACCUACACCUCACUGUCUUCGCCAUAAUCGCCUAGCUUCUUAAGCUACAACAACAAUUCACCAUGUCACUCCUCUCAGCACAUUUCGAGCAAAUCGCCAUAUCGUGUCAAGGGAUUGACAGCCUUCCAUUCCCACCACCCAAGAUAUUCACCAAUGCCCUCCUCGCCAACGACGAUAUCACCUCCUUAAUCCGCGACACCGAAGCUCACGAAAGAGCACUCUUUUCCGUCCCACCACCACCUCCACCUUCAAUAGCGCCUAAGGAACCAGAGCCCCCUAAACAAUCUUCUCGCCGACAAACCGUGUUUAAUGUCGCUUCCGGCGAGGUCACUACGUCUGGUAGCAACACGGGACGAAACGCGGGCGCGCCGCGACGACACACCGCUGUAGCAGCAGUAUUAGGCGGCGACUUGCACGAACAAAUUCGACGUAGUGAGCGAAGAGGCGGCAAGGAUGACGUUGAUGUCGAAAUACUACUUAAGGGCGCAGAGAAGCUAUGCGGUGUCUACCCCUUACCAGGCGCGUUAGAACGAAUAGCCGCGCUACGAUCCAAAUAUGCGCACAGUCGAAACACCCUAGCGUACUACGAAGCAAAGGUAGCUGAGCAAGCCGAAGCCCUGGGCAGAAUGAACAAAGACCACUGGAUGGACGAGGACGAAGAUGAAGAUGCAUUAGAAGGCAUUGCGCAACAAGAGAUCGUGACCGAGGAAGACAUAGCAAGAGAAGACGAACAGAUCGCGGAACUCGAUAAGAGGAAGAGAGAAUUACAAGGGAGACUGAAGGCGAUAGAGAAGGACGUAGAGGGACUGCUGAACAUGUAAUGACAUGAAAAUGAUUUAGACUACCAAUGAUACCCCCU